AAGUCACCAGGUCACGUCGUGUGGGAGCAAAACCAAUCACGCUCGAGACGACACUCGAUAGUCGAUAGUCGUAGUAGUAAAUGUUCGAUUGUGUUAUGCUAGACUAGAGCCAGUAGAGGUGUUUGAAUCGUACAUGACUUCUAUGUGGGCGACAGUCCAAAACGUUAGCAGCGAUCCUGCAGGCAAGCUCCUGUUUUGUGAAACGUUUAGUCUGAAGCUGAGAGCGGUUCUCAAAAGUCGGCCAGGAAACGCUCAGAAACGCUGGUAGCAACUGUUCACGAAUGAGGGUGGAUGUGGAGGUGGGGUUCAAAUCUAAUUUUCACUUGUAACUUUCCAGUAAUUUUACAAAUCUCGACACUACCUUACUCGCUGCCAUUGCUCGCUAGUUAGAGUACUAGUAUCAGCUUUCCAGCGCUACAUUAUAGUCUUGGCGCUGCUGCUUGCAUCGCUGUGUUAGCCAGCGAGAGGCCUGUCUCGACUGCUGCACUUGAAGAUGUGCAGACGACCCGGUGGUUAGCAGAAGAGAAGAUUUGAUUGUCUGCCGGCCGCAAUCCUACCGUUCGUGGAGACUGGAGAGGAGACCUCGCACUGCGGUCGGCCAGGAUGCAGAACCGAAAAUCUAGUGACGACAGCACUGAAAGCGGCUUGAUCGAAGGUGACCCUACAAGUCAGGACCUGAGCCAAUGGGGACAGGUUUGUCGGCCGUCUCUCGCACUGAAAAGGGGUGGCUUGUUUCGCAGGGCACGUGGUGCAGCGACAAAAGGUGGAGGUGAUGUCGGUGGUGGGAGAGUAGUGCAGCCAGACUCGGUCCUCAUCAAGCUAAGAGAGGAGCAGAAACAGAAAGACAGUAUGGUCACCCCCGCCGCCGCGGUCGUCGCUAGCAACCACUACCAUGAUGAUGACGAAGAUGACAACGACGAUAAUGAUGGGAGAAACGAUGGCCACAACGCAGGUGACGACAACAAUACGGAGGAACCAGAAUCACCGAAUUACACCAUCUUGCCACCACUAGCCUCGGGCAAGGCUUCGAAGGAGGAGGAGAGGCAGAAGCUGUUUGAUGGUCUGAAAGAUGAGAUUGCUCGACUCAAAGCUGAAAAUAAAAAUCUGCAGUUCAAGUUGAUCUUCUCACCGCCGUCCCAAUCAGCGCAUGGCACAGGCUCCAGUCGACCAGCAGUAGCAGGCCAGGAACAGGGUGCCAGCGCCAGCAAUCCUGAGCUGCUCGAUGCCAAUCAGGAGCGGCUUCUCCAGGAAGAGAUCGAGGACUUGCGCACGGCCCUGGUGGAGCAACGCGACGUCAGUGCACAGCUGAGGGCGCACAUCGAUCAGAUGAAUCACAUCUAUCAGCAAAAGCCAUUCAGCCAGGCCAACGCAGCGGUGGCCCGUCAGGCGCUAGCCAUGGCCGCGGAGCACGCCAGGAACACGUCCGUUUCAGCAGUACCACCACAGCAGCAACAGCACCAGCAUCACACGUCACCUCCCAUGGCAACCGCAGCUCCAGGAGCUGCGAACACGCGCCCGCUGGUGGCAAGAGCGAUCGGGCCAGAUGCGCCAACUCACCGCCACCUGCCAAAGGUUGCGGCAGCGGCGGUGGAAACCGCACAGACGCGUGGCAGUGCUGAGGUUGCGGUGCCCGCCGACUUGGCCAGUUGUCAUGUCAUGAUUCACGCGUUGCGAAAGGAUAACGUACGGAAAGCUCAUGAGCUUGGACAGCUGAAAGCCGACCUGAACGACUUGCUCUACUCGAACAAGUGGACGCCGGACGCCUUCCUGCUCGCCAAGGCCUACACCAAACAGCCGAACACCAGCAGUGCUGCAGCUGCGGCCGCUGCUACUGGCCAACACACGACCACCGGCACAAGCAAACACUUUGCACACAAGACCGGCAUGGGACGUGGUGGCGGUGGUGGCGGUGCUGGUGUCUCACUGCCCGCAAUCAACCAGAGCACUCGCACUCGCGACGGCAAGCCCCUCGUGCCGUACUCGUUUCCACGCACGCUGGACACGUCCGAAGACUUCCGGCUGCCGGCUCUGAAGCCUAAGGCGCCCAGCCACGCGGGGCGACAGCGCAACGUGCAGGCAGUCCAGAAAGCCAGACAGGAGCGGCAGUAGCUAUGCGAAGGGGUGACGGCGUGCUACAUCAUCCCCAGCCCGUACGCACCGGGGGCCCAGUCUCGAAUGGUGCAGAGCUGCAGCAUCUGACAGCUGGCUCGUGCCUAAGACAUCGGCAUGGUGCUUCUGAUGCAUCAAACCAUGCUGUGCACGUGACAUAUCUAUUGUUAUGCUACUACAGAGGGUAACCAUGGGAACGGGUGACGGCAGUGCUACCCAAUCCCGGCCCGUACGCACCGGGGGGUCGCCCCGAAUGAUGCAGAGCUGCGGCAUCAAACCUCUGGCUAGUGUUUUGGAUGCAAUCAAACCAUGCUGCACAUGUGGCAUUAUGCUACUUAAAGAGGGACAAACGAGAAUCACAACAGUUUAUUUAUCACGAUACUUAUAAUUAUCUCUUUCAUGGCUGCAUGAGAAGACCGUUAGCUAGAGCUAUGAAUCUCAGCCAAUCAGAAGACAAUCAUGCUCACAUACUUCAACGUUCAUCCACAUGCAGCUGCGGAGCGAAGUGACGGCAUUGCCCCGAAGGAACUCAUGUGCUUCCUCCGCCCAGGAGACUAUACCCAUCGUGUUGGAAGUCGAUCUUCACGGCACGGGAAUGGAAUCCAACUUUUGACAUUUACAUGUACCACCCAGUCUAUAAGUCAGGUUGUGUGUGUGUGUGUAAGGAUGUCAAGGAGUAUUUUGUGCUCAGAUAGAAGCUGUUCUGCCGUCUUGCUCUGAUCAUUGUCUUCAAUACUCAUUAUCAUGAUCCAUUUUGUUCCUUACUGUGUUUCACACUGCGCAGUAGAACACAGCAAGAGCAAGAGAUCUAUCUGUUCCGAAAGAGCACGACUGAAAGGA